UUUCAAGUAUGAUCUUAGUGGGUUAUAGUCGUAAAUUAAAAUGAUGUAUGAAUUCGAAAAUAUCACCAAGAUGGGGCGAAGAAACAAUAGUUACAUUCGACCAACGACGGAAAUGGAACUGGAAAAAGAGUGUUCAUUCGAACCCAGACAGAUCAACAUAAUUGACAGUCUACCAUGCUGCCAUCGCAUCAAGUACAAACUAGGAUUCAAAAUCGCCCUGUAUUUGAUACUCGUUUCUACCGAUCUCAUUGACUUGGUCAGUGAUUGGUUGCUAUUUCGAGACGUGAUUUCUACAGAAGAAGGUCUAGUGUUCGGACCAGUCGAGGAUACACUUAAAUACUUGCUGCUUGCAUUUUCGAUCAUAGGAACGUUCACGUAUAUAUUUGAAAUAAGCAACUACGGGUGGGAGAUAUUUCGUUCCAAUCCAUGGGUGGAUGUUGAUCUCCUGAUGGCCAUCAUAAUCUGGAUCGAGGACGUUCCGCAAAUAACUAUUAACGUUUUAAUAGUUGCCUGCCGUGAGGAGGCUAUCAGUUACUUUCAGCUUGUUAAGGCAAGCAUCAUAAUUAUUGGCGCUGUUAUACGCGUACUGAUAUCGCUGAUACGUUACUGCGGAAAAACUGCUCGAAGGGAUGUCAAAUGUGCUUGACUGAACAAAUACUCCCGAUAUCAUGUGGUUUAUAAGUUUUUCAUAAUGAUUGGUCUAAUCAUAAC